AGUUGUGGCUGAGGUUGAUCAGCCCAGAAAAUGCUUGGUUUGUUUUAGUGUAUGGUGGUUCUGUGUAACUAAAUUUGAUUUUAAAUUUUUUUCAUCCCCAAUUUUCUAGCAAAGCAAAUUAUUGAAUAUUGAUGCAUUGUUGAGAGGUAAAUGUAGAAAAUGGUUGGUGUUGUUGUUGAGUACUGAUUCAUUAAGUCUUCUCUAUCUUGUUUCUCGCUCUAAAAGGUUUUGGUGAGUAUCCUGAAUUAGGAAUUUACUCUUACUUUCUUGGGAGAAGUAAUCUCUCUCACCGUCUAAUUCUAUUUUGUACUAAUAUCAUUAUUAGUAACUUCACUGCUGCCCAAAAUCAAAAUGCUUAAUCAAAAUGCUCAACUCACUCCAAUGACAAAUUCUUACCUGACAAUAUCUAUGGCACCGUCGCCUGUACUCCCAAGGUCGCCACUUUUCUCCUUGUCUCCCUUAACGACAUGUCGUUUCGUAAAACCUCUGCGUUGUGCGUCGGUCCAACAACAACAGGUUGAAGGUGGGAUUUUGUGUGAGCCUUGCAAUGGUAGAGGAUGGUUAGUUUGUGAGUUUUGUAAAGGGCAAAAAACCAAUGUGAAGGCUGAAAACAAUCGAAUCUACCGUCGAUGCCCAACUUGUAGAGCUCUUGCAGUAGGUGCAAAAUUGAUCUGUAAGAGCUACUCUUAAAACACACACAUUAUGCUAGAUAGUGUAGCUUUGAGUGUCCAUGCUACUCCAAAUUGAAAGGAGAAGAACUGGUUAGAAUUUUUUUUAGCAUUUUUCAUUACAUUAUAGUCUUGAGUAAAACUAGAACAAUAAUAUUCAAAUCUGCUUAGUAGGAUUUUGAAAACUAGUUAAAUGAAGGUUGUUUAAUAAUUGACCGAAAACUCUUGAUUUUGAUCUACAGUUGGUUUAGGGUAAACCUUUGCAAUGUUUUCAUUAGUGCAGGUUGGAUAUGUCCUGUGUACAAGUUGCAAAGUUUACAAAUGUGUAACAUUCCCAAAUUACACCGAUGGUGAUGAAUUAUCCUUUUGAGUGAGCCUCUCACUGAUACAAGGGUUAAGGCUUAUUAUAAGCUUUAUCCCAUUUGUAUUACUUUCCAUAUCUGAUUUAUGUGAUUCUUUGUUUCAGCCAACAUCUUGCAAAUUGCAUUUAAAGUAAUAUAUUAAUUUGUUCUCAUA